AAUCCGCUGUGUGGCGCACGGGGGCGCGCUGCGCGCUGCAGAUGUGUCGCAGAUUUAAAAAGUCACUGACUGUACUCAUCUAGUACAAGGAAAUGGAGCAGUGCAAAGAAUAAAAUACUGAAUUGUAAACAAGGCAGCGGAAGAGAGGGAACGUGUGCAGCCAUUAUAACUGUGCAUGGGAUUUGCACAUCACAUUUAUUUUAACGACAAGAAAGAAAAAUACAAAGAUACAUUGACAGCUACUUCAUUAUUUUUUAGAGGAAUAACUUUACCAAUGGAACUCUCGGCAAUCGGCGAGCAAGUGUUCGCUGUGGAAUCAAUCAUAAAGAAAAGACUUAGAAAGGGUCAUGUGGAGUAUUUAUUGAAGUGGAAGGGCUGGCCUCCAAAGUACAGCACAUGGGAGCCAGAGGAGCACAUCCUAGACCCUCGACUGGUUUUAGCAUAUGAGGAAAAAGAACAGAAAGACAGAUCAGUGGGGUGGCGUAAAAGAGGGCCAAAACCGAAAAGACUUCUCGUGCAGAGGAACAUUUACGCAAUGGAUCUACGCAGCACACACAAAUUGACCCGGUCGCUUGACCCAAGGCUCCAGUCCUCAGGGACUUGUAUAUAUCGACGAUUAGCCCACCACAAGAAAAAGAAGAAAACAUCCAGAGAGACUUCUGAGGAAGAAUGGGAUAGAAGGGAUGAAGAAGAAGAUGAUGAUGAUGAUGAUGAUGAUGAUGAGGGGGUUAUGGAGGAGGAAGAGGAGGAGGACACAAGACCAGAAGGAACUAAAACUGGCAGCAAUACUUUAAACAAGCAUGUCAGGAGGGGAGCCUGGAGUCCAACCACUGAAUCAGAGGCAAUGACAAUAUCUCCUUUAUCUGAGGACUGGAGUCCAGUUAUGGGCCCAGAGGAGGUAACUGUGACAGAUAUCACCAUCAACUCACUGACUGUGACUUUUAGAGAGGCUUUGGUAGCAAGGGGGUUCUUCAGGAGCUGGGAGCUGGAGAUCUGACAUUACAGAGACUGAGGAUGGUGUGAGCCAUCAGAGGGGGAAAGGGAAUCGGUACAUCCAUUUUUUUAUUUUUUGCUUUGAUUAUGCGCUUGCACAACUUCCACCACUGUUUCAGACUACAUUUAUUUGCACUAUUAGUUCUAAUCAAGUUAAAACAUUUCAGGAUUGUGAUUGCAAUCAAUCACAGUGACAAUGAUUCAAUUAAUUACAAUCCUGAUAGUAUUAUGAGAUUUUGAAGUUGUAUUGGCCAUGAAACAAAUCUGAUUUUGCCAUGUGUUGUAGUUUACAGAUUCAACUAGCCGAGAAAAGCUUGAUUUAGUCUGGUCAUGUACUUACAUUAAAUUAUAAUGCUGGUACAGAGUAAUUUGCACAACUAAAUAUUCUGAAAAGCCAAUCUAUCACAAAUAU